AUGUCGUCAGAAGACAAUGUGAUAAAAACAACCGAUUCAACAGAACUGAUGUAUAUGGGUAAGGAUGACGAAACUUCGGAAGAAUUACCAACAAGCGACUGGUCCUCCCUAAUCAUUGAAAUUAAAGAGGAAAAUAAGAAAAAGGCAUUAUACGCUGCAGGUCUAUAUGAACCUGGUAGUAGAGAAAUAUGCACUAAAUACAUUCCUAUGUCUGCAAGCUCAAUUAUAAGACAUCCAUAUUAUAACUACCCAGCUGUGCUUAACCCUGGUAUAAAAGAAGCUUUAUUCGAACAGGAAGAAAAAGUAGUAUAUCCGUCUGAUGGCCAAGAACUAUAUUUAGCAGUAUGCAAAGAAUUUAAUCAGUGUCCAGUAAGAUCUUUUUAUAAUGAAUUAUUAGGUAAAUCAAUAAAUUUAAGUUACUAUUGCAUUAAUCCGUACGGCGUCAAAGCAAUGGCUAUGGCACUUCAACACAAUCGAAACGUUACAGUUAUCGAUUUGACUGAUAAUUUUCUUAAUGACGACGCUUGUUAUCAUUUGAGUGAGAUGUUAGUAGUAAACUCUGUGAUAAAAGAACUUAAUUUAUCAGGUUGUCGAAUUGGUCCAAGUGGAGCAAAACGAUUAUUUGCCAACUUGCCUACGAACCGUUCACUUCAAUGUUUAAAUUUGAGCAGAAAUGAAUUAGGUGAUGAAGGCGUAAAAUAUAUUGCAGAAAGUAUUAUUGAUGGCCUCGAGGUUCCCCAAUUGUAUUUGAAUUAUAAUAAUUUGACUGGCGACUCAGCAAACUGUUUGACUGAAUCACUUGAAUUUAAUAACAAAAUUACACAUUUGGACCUUUCUUGGAACAAGCUUUCUAUCCUGCCUCACGGAACAUUUCACUUGCUGUAUCAAUUAAGCGAAAGUGAAUAUCUUGAAGAAUUGAAUUUAGCUUGGAAUUCUCUCUCUGGUGCCCGAAUUGGAGCAGCUAUUAAAAAUGUAAUGACAGCACCUAAACUAAAAAAAUUAAAUCUUAGCAGUAAUAGAUUAUCCAAUGAAGCUAUUACAAAUAUUGCAGAAGGAUUAGUAAAAGCAGAAAGUUUAGUAACUCUAGAUUUAUCAAACAACCCUAUGUCUAUCAAGGAUGCACAGAAGAUAGUUUUAAAAAUAAAAUCCUCAAUAGUUAGCAUUCAAAAUCUUCUAAUGGAAAAUGUAUUUGUUGAUAACAAAUUCUUGCGUCACUUGCAACAAAUCAAAAAUUUGAAAACAGAUUUUGUUGUCGCAUACGGAGAUGUCCUUGACAGUCGUAAACCUACAGAGUCCGAUAUGAGAGAAAUUUUACUCAACCGAGCUGAAUAUCUGGCAAAGAAACCUAAAAAACGACCUGUCGAUUUCGCACUUGUAGCGAUGCAACUGUUGAAAGACAAUAACAUUACCAUGACUGCUAAAGAUUUCGCUAAUGCGAUCGGACUAUCUGGGGCGCCUUUAGAUGAAGAUCUAGUUGAUGAGAUGGUUAACGUUUUUGCCGGCCCAAAAACAGCAAAGUCUAAGACUAUUGAUAUACGACUCUUAGUAGAUUUUAUCAAAAGAAAAUGGCCAGAACGCAAGCUACCUCCUACACCGCCACCAGAAAUCGAAGCCCAACCUGAAAUUAAAUUACCAGCUAAAAAGGGCAAUCGAAAAACCAAAAAGUGA